GGUGUGGUUACACCUAGUUAAACUGUGUUACAAAUAGAUAGACUGUCAUAAGAAAAAAUGAGGCAUAUUACAUUAAAUAAGAUAGUGCCCCCCCAUGUAUAUUCAGAAUGUUCUGGACAAGGCAUGAUUUUUCUACUUGCUAUCUUUCUAUUUUUCUUUCCCUUUGAAUCUAUAGAACUAAAAAACACUUUAACCCCUGGGAGUGAGAAUCUGCAUCAUCGAAUUUUACAAGCACAAGCCACAAUCCUCGCAAGGAACAGAACCGAUAAAUUCUCAUCAACAUGUUCGGAGUAGUUUUCCCGAACCGGAGCUUCCCCAUGGAGAUCUCAACCUUCGCUCAAAUCGACACCUUCCACUGGGUCCUCGACAUGAACACCUUCGUAGGCGAGGCGUACGACCAGGUCCGCGAGCUCUGCAUCUUCCUCCUCAACGGCUUCACGCUGCCGCCGGAGAAGGCGCUCGCCGUCUACAUCCAGUCGCCGGGGUCGCCGUUCGUGUUCUGCGGCGCCGUCACGGGGGCGCGGCCCUCCGCCGUGCUGACGCUGGCGUGGCCGGAGCCAGGCGCCGGAGGGCCGCUGCAGCUGACGGCGGACGCGCAGCCGCUGUCGGCGAAGAUCGGGGUGUCGGUGGAGGAUCUGGCGUCGCUGCCGUCGCUCGACAUGGCGGCGGAGAAGCGAAUCGAGGGGCUGGCGAUGAAGGUCGGAGAGAAUCUUUUCAAUUUCAUGCAAUCGUUUUGCGGCGUGGACGGGUCGAAGCUGGUUGUUCCGAUGGAUAUCUUGGAGCGGUGGUUCAAGAAGUUUCAGGAACGGGCCAGGCGUGACCCUGAGUACUUGAAGGGUUUUGCUUUUGUGCCAAGAAUGAGUACUGGAGAACUUCAAGUUGUGCACUUCGAAAAUAGGAAGUUAAUUUCCUUUUGUUGGAGGGGGUGGAUCACUCUACACACUUGCUAUAUGGGAGUAUUGAUGCAUAACAAGUCAGAGAAGUCAGUGAGUGAUUUUUACUUGUUGAUUGAUAGUUGUACAUGACACGAGACGAGGGGUGUAUUAUUGCACUAGAAGUCAGUGAAGUAUUGUUUUGGCCAAGUAUGAUGUAGUGGACCAUGAUUUUUACUUGAACAUGAGGCUUAUGAGCUUGUUUAUGCAUUUUGUUUGAUAA